AUGGAAGGAUCAUCGUCAGAAUUCAUUGGCCCUUCUCACACCGCCACGAUGAAUUUCUCCGACUUGGCGCUCAUGGGGAGUGGCCAAAACAGCAGCAGCAACAGCAGCAACGGCACCUCCGCCGCUGCGGCCGAACUCGACUUCCACCGCCAGUUCGGUCUCGAUGUUGUCGGGAAGCCGGAAAUGGCUCCCCAUCUCAUGCACUUCCCCGAAAACCUCUUCUUUGCCGAGAUCCCGCCGGAAACUGCUUCUGUCGGCUCGACCGUCUUGUACGACCCGUCGGUGCAGUUAGAUUUGGUUCAUCACCAGCCAUGUCAAGUGAGAGAGAUAUAUACCGCUAAUAAUAUUAACAACAACGAUGAUGUUUCAUUACCACAAGAUUAUUCUGGGUUUAUACAUGGGUCUAGUGUUAAUGGCCACUUUGUUGGUGGUGUAAUGGAGGAAGUUUAUGGGCUAGGGCAGCAGCUUGAGAGCCCACACCUUAACACAAGAAGGCAAAAAGGUGGGAUGAGGCAAAAGGGGUUAAGCUUUAAUGGGGUGGAAAAGAAGGAGAAGCAAAGGAGAGAAAGGCUUAGUGAGAAGUAUGAACUGCUCAAAUCACUCAUCCCUAACAGAACCAAGGAUGAUCGAGCGACGAUCAUCUCCGACACGAUGGACUACAUCAGAGAAUUAGGUCGGACGGUGAACGAGCUCAAGCUACUGGUCGAGAAGAAGAGGCGCAAAAAGGAGAGGGGAAAGGAGGUCUUAAUUGGAGAGGAGUUAGUAGGUGACAUGGAGAGCUCUUCAGUGAAGCCUUUUAUAGAUGAGGGAGAACAUCAUGCAUCCAACGGGUCUCUAAGGAGUUCAUGGCUCCAACGGAAGUCGAAAGAGACCUUCGUCGACGUUCGGAUCGUAGAGGAUGAAGUGACUAUCAAGAUCACCCAAAGGAAGAGGAUGAUCAGUUGCUUGCUAACCGCUUCGAGAAUUCUCGACGAGCUUCAGCUCGAGCUUCUGCACUUGUCUGGGGGAAUCAUAGGAGACUGCCACAUUUACAUGUUCAACACUAAGAUCCCCGAAGGAUCUUCAGUGUAUGCAAGUGCAGUUGCAAAGAAGCUGAUUGAAGUCAUGGAUGUGCAAUUUCCACCUCAGACCUGUUAAGUUUUUAUUACAUAGUUAGGGUAAAUAGAGUUUUAAGCAUUGUAGUUCGAUCAAUUAAUGAUAGGUUUGUGUGUUUGUUAUACAUCUAGUGUUUGGAUUUAACUUUAAUUGAACCUUUAUAUAAAAGGUUGGGUGAAGGGCGUAGGGAUAAUUAAGUUGGAAAAAGUACAGUGGAUAGAAU